AUGUCUGAAAGCCAAGAUACUGAGAAGGACACCGGUGGAGAUUGCAUCCCUCUGGAGUAUUCAGAUGAGAUUGCUCAACCAACCAAGGAGGAAUGUGCACGAGUGUAUAGAAAAAUUGACAGGCGGAUCCUACCAUUUUUGGCAGUGACCUAUCUAUUAUGCUACCUUGAUCGAACGAAUAUCGGAAAUGCGCAAGUCUUGAACAAUGGCACUGGCGAUGAUCUGCUGACCUCUAUUGACAUGAACGACCAUCAAUAUCGCAUUGCCCUUAUGUUAUUUAUGGUGGCAUAUUCUCUAUUUGAGGCACCAAGCAACUUGGCAAUGAAAACUUUCACUCCUCCAGUUUGGCUAGCGUUUCUUGUCAUUUGUUUCGGCGCACUGUGCGCAGGGAUUGGAGGAUCAAACAAUGCCUCAACACUCAUGGCUCUCCGAUUUCUCUUGGGUGCAUCGGAAGCUGGCGUGUACCCGGGAAUGAUCUUUUUUCUUAGCUUCUGGUACGGGCCGCGCGAACGAGCCAUCCGGAUCGCGAUCUUUCUUUGCAGUGCCACACUAGCAGGCGCCUUCGGAGGCGCUAUUGCCUACGGAGUAGCUCAUAUGAACGGCGCUGGAGGAUUACAAGCGUGGCGAUGGCUUUUCAUUAUCGAAGGUUUACCAUGUUUCAUCCUAGCAGUUGCUAUUUUCUUUUUCUUGCCCAGCUACCCAGAAAAGGCCACAUGGCUCACUGCGGAGGAAAAGGCCAUUCUCAAAGCAUCUUUCAGCAGUAAUAUGGCACGAGGUGAUGACAAGCUCAACUGGUCCGAUGCGAAGGCUACUAUCAAGGAUCCUCGGCUGUGGGUUCACUAUAUUAUUUAUUCUUUGGUCGGAAUUGGCGUCUCAUCGCUCUCAUUAUUUGCUCCGGCAAUUAUCCAGGGAAUCGGAUACACUGGACUUGAGGCGCAGCUCUUCACCAUUCCACCUUACGCGUGCGCAUAUUUUGUUGCUCUCACAGCGGCAUACAUAUCCGAUAAAUUUGUAUGUCGAGGGUUGGUUGCUGCGAUAUUCGGGUUUACGGGAUUUGUUACGUUUCUCAUUCCUGCGUGCAUCCCUAGUCCAUCACUUCACUUUCGUUACGCUAUGCUUGUGCUCAGUGCAUGUUCUGUAUUUGGGUCACUACCUGCACUGUGUGCGUGGGUUUCGGAUAAUGUUCACAACACUACUGCGGCGUCGGUAGCGAGCGGGCUGAAUAUUGCUUUUACUGGACCCGGUCAAAUUAUAGGGGUGUGGAUCUAUCAGAGUCGACAGGCUCCUCGGUACCAGACAGGUCAUGCUGUCAAUGCUGCUAGUCAAUUCCUGGCAAUGAUAUUGGCGUUGGGCCUUUGGGUUUAUUAUCGACGGCAGAAUGCAAAGCUUGCUCCAGGUCAGCAGAAGUGGGUGCCAUGA